CGUUGUUGUGUUGUCGAACGUGAGCUUGCAGGAUUGACUGCACGGGGAGAGAACCGAUCUUAUCUAAAUAGUGAUAUUAAAGAUGGAGGUGGAUCAGCUGCUCUCUCUGUCAGGUUCAGCCUUGGCUCAGGCGAUCAGUUCUCUGCUGGAGACUCCAGGCCUUUAUGUAUUUUCAGACAUACUGGAGCUGCCAAAUGUUCGAGAGCUGGAGACAGGUCCCCACGCUCCCGUCUAUCAGCUCCUCAAUCUCUUCACCUAUGGAACCUACUCUGACUAUAAAGAGAGGGCAGCCUCUCUACCUGAACUUACCCCUUCCCAGAGGAACAAGCUCCGUCAUCUGUCAAUCAUCAGCUUGGCCUCCAACCUAAAGUGUCUUCCGUACUCCCUGCUGCUGCAGCAGUUGGAGUUGAAAAACGUGCGAGAGCUGGAGGAUCUGCUCAUCGAGGCCGUCUACUGCGACAUCAUCCACGGCAAACUGGACCAGCGCAACCAGCAGGUGGAGGUGGACUUCAGUGUGGGCCGUGAUCUCGGCCCUAACGAGCUGCCCAACAUCGCUAACACGCUACAGGAGUGGUGUGCUGGAUGUGAGGCAGUGCUGAGUGGAAUUGAGGAGCAGGUUUCCAGAGCUAAUCAAUACAGAGAGAGUCAACUCAAGGUCAAAGUUCAAGUGGAAACUGAGGUGUCAAACCUACAGAAAACUUUGAAGGCGAGCUCCGCUUCACCGUCCUCUGGUCCCGCCCCCGGGGGAGCGGCUACAAAUCAGGAUGCAGAUCAGCCCGCAGAGCCGAGAGACCCUGCCUCCUCCCAGGAACCACGGCAACAGGGGAAAAAGAGUUCGAAAGUCAAAGGGCUCCGCGGGAGCGGAAAAAUCUGGUCGAAGUCGAACUGAGCGCUGAGGCACAUAAUGAAGGGACUGAAACUGCUGAUCACUGAAUUAUCGAACAGGACAGACGAACUGAGACUGUUUGACACUGUUGGAUUGACAGUGAGCAGAUUUCAGUUGCAUUGCUUCGAAGCACCGUGUAACCGCAGAUAAACAGACGACGAGCGAGUGAGUGAGUGAGUAAGUGAGCGAGUGAGUGAGUGAGUGAGUACAGACUGCACAGAUGUACAUUUGUAUGCUUAGAAAUGUUUUAAAUUGAUAUUGAUCCAUAUUCGUGUUUUCUUUCCCGAGUGAUUUGAGUUUUGUUGUUCCAUAACAGGCAGCACCCUGAUAAAAGAAAAUAAACAUUUUCCAUCUGUCA